AUGGCUUCCUUCUCCUCUGCUAGUGGUGCUGCAGAUUUGAGCCUCAGAGAUGGUGGAAAAGAUGUAUGGGCAAUGUUCAAGAAAUGGCCUUCCUUUCUGAAUUUAUCGGAGAAGAAGGUGUUGAACUCCAUGGAAACACUUGAAGGUCUAGGGUUCAGCAGGGAUGAGUUUGCGAUAAUGGUCAAGCGUUUUCCUCAGUGCGUCGAACUAACUGCAGAGACGGUGAAGAAGAAGACUGAUUUUUUGGUGAAGCAGAUGAUUUGGCCACUAAAGGCCCUGGUUACGUAUCCUCAUGUGCUUGGAUACAGCAUGGAGGAGAGGAUUGUGCCAAGGUGUAACGUUAUCAAGGCUCUCAUGUCCAAAGGCUUGCUCGGAGAAAGAGGAAGCAAACUACCUUCGAUGUCGUCUGUUUUGUCGAGGACUGAUGAGACGUUUUUAAAAAGGUAUGUGUUGAAGCACGAUGACAAGGAGCUUGUGGCUGAGCUAAUGGCUAUCUUCAACAGAGAUCGUGUGAAAGCAGGCAUGAACCUGAUUCAGUACACCGAGAUAUCUUGUAGAGCUAAAUCUAACAGGCAUAUGGGAUCUGUGAAAAUUCAGCAGAGUUUGUUUGUUUGUUCUCUUGACGGGAACGUGAGUGUGAAUCUCUUGACGCAGAACAAACUCUUAGUGAGGAAACAGUUUGAACCGAGAUUUGUUGAUCAUACCUCAAGGUACACCCACAAGGCCACAACAAUGCAGCAGCGUCAAGAUUACGUAGAAUGA